AUGUUCCCGUUAGAUGGGGCGCCAGAUGUGGCCGACGCCGAGAAGAUUCGCUUCGCCCGCGACGCGGUCGGGCCCGAGGGAGCGCGCGCCGGCCCGAGGACGUGGGUAGGGACGGCGGCCAGAGGGGCGGCGGGCGACGGCGGCGACGGCGAGCCGUACAUACAGGUGCGACGCGGCGAGGAUUUCGCCGACUCGGCGGACGCCUCCUUCUUUGCAAAGGCCUUUCCGACCCUGUUCCCCUUUGGCUUAGGCGGGCCGAGGCUCGCCGACGAGGACGCCGCGGGAGAGAGCGCGGGCCCUAGCGUCGGGAACCAGGGCGCCCAGGCGGAGCGGGUUGCAGAGGGCCUUAUGUCGACGCGGAACAUGAAGCUCCAGGCAUGGGCCGACGUCGUGCUGCGGCGUCACGGCGGCCGGUUCGCGACGCACCCUAUCUUCGCCUUCCUUGUCUUUAACAUGGGCGUGCGGUCUAAGAACCGCCAGGCCAGCAUGCUAGGCGUAGCGAGGAAGAACUUCGCAAGGGUCGAGGGCCUACUAAAGUCGUUAACGGCGCAGAGGCUCGAGGCGGCCAGGCCGAGCUCGAGGCCACAGUAUGCGGAAGAAGAUACUAUCCUCAUCGUUAGGUACGGGGUGCCGGCUAUCUGGUUCACGCUGAACCCGAACGACAUUACGAACCUAGUAAAGUUACGGCUAGCGGCGCACCGCGGCCGCGACCCCGACGAGGCCGAGGCCUUCCUAAGUGACCUAGGGACCGCGUAUAAGCGGACGCGGCUGGCCAUAUCGGACCCGAUGAGCUCGGCCGUCUUCUUCCACCGGGAGAUGACGCUCUUCUUCGAGCACUACGUCAACGUCGGGGAGGAGUCGGUGUUCGGCCACGUCGGCGCAUACUACGGGGCGGGCAACGCGGGCAUUGGCGACGCGCUCGCCGGCCCGGACGCGGAGGAGCAGGCGGCGUACCGGGAGCGCAUCGUCCGCUACGUAGAUAGCGUCUUCUCUGAGGAGCUAGACGCAGAAGGUUACUGUGCCAUGCAGGCAGAGCGGUCGGCCACGGCGGACAUAUCGUCGCGGCUCGACGACGUCGCGCGCUUCACGGACACCUUCGACGAGGAGGCCAACUUCUGCGCGGGCGCGACGCAGAUCCAUACGCAUAGCGCGACCUGCGCGCCGUGGAGGUUGGUGGAGAGGACGGCGCUGACGGCGGACGGGGUGCUCGAGAUCCGGCGGACGCAUAGCAUGGUGAACCGGUGGAACAGGGCGAUGGCAGUGGGGCUACGACACAACCACGACAUCUCGUUCAUCGCGACGCAGCGCAAGACCAUGGCCCUAAUCUACUAUAUUACUAACUAUGCGACGAAGGUAGAGGACCCGGUGUGGAAGCGUGUGGCCGCCGCGGCCGAGUUCCUUCCUGUGCUAGAGCCGACGGGAGAGGGCAACAGAAGUGGCGCCGACCGCGACGCCGGCCGGGAGGGCGGGGCCGAAGGGGUAGCGACGGCGGCGGACCCCGUAGGGGGGAAUAAGACGAGAACGUUCCUGCUUAAGGCGGCGAAUCGAGUCUUUACGGAGCGGCCGCUGUCGCAGGUCGAGGUGAUCGCGCACCUCCUAGGGUACCCGGCGGAGUUUAGCAGCGGCUCAGCGUGGGCGUAUAUAAACGCAAACCAGCUCUACUGGGCCGUCUUCCGCCGGUGGCGGCACCUCCGACGGGCGAGCGGCGCCGAGGCGACGGGCGACGCGCCGGACGAGACGGUCGUCGUCGAGGAGGCUGGCCUGAGGAUCCCUCUCGUCGAGGCCUACCGGCACCGGGGCGAGCUCCUGCGGGGCCUCUGCCUUUAUGACUACGCAUCGCUUGUAAGGUUAAAGCAAAACGGCAGCGGCGCCGACGGUAUGGCGGGCUGGGGUGAGGUACCCUUCGCGGAGAGCUGGGCGUCGGGGAAGGGCUGGGUGCAGGCGCUUAGGCGGCCGGGUUGCGGGGCGACUGUAUGCGUCGACGGAUACCUCAGCAAGGAGUUCAGCGAGGAAGACGACGAGUCGUGCCACCGGAGGGCGGCGGUGCAGCACCUGGCCCUAUUCGUGCCGUGGGAGUCCUUCCUCGGCGAGGAGGCAGGCGACAUUAACAACAUCUGGGCACGGGCGCCGGAGUCGCUGGCGCCGAGGGUCGCGCGGCUCGCAGACAACGUGCAGCUCCUCCGGCGGUCGGCGGAGGACGCGAAGCGCGACGCCAAGCAGUGGGCCGCCACGGCCGAGGAGGGCGGUAUGACGGCGCCGCAGGCCGACGACGAAGGCAGGGGCGGCCGAAGGGGCGAGGAGGCAUACCGCGCCGGCGGGGCGGGCGACGCGGCUCGGCUCAUCGACGUCCAGCUCUGCCGGUUCCAGCAGUCGGCGCUCGGGUCGGCGGCCGAGCUCGCGGCGACGGUGGUGGCGGACGAGAGGGCAGUCGCAGCAGAGGAGCGCGGCGCGGGGCGGGAGCGGGCGAUCCAGGGCAUCCAGGGCGGCGGGGCGGCGGCGGGCGUCGGGGCCGACCGCGGCGCGGCCCUUCGCGGGGUGAUGGGGGGCUUCGGCGAGGACGACAUCGACGUAACGGCGGCCGACGGCGACGCAGACGCAGGCACGGCGGCGGGGAUGCGCGAGCUGGCGGGCCAGCUCACGCUCAACGAGAAGCAGGCCAUCGCCCUCCUAAUCGUGUGCCGGCAACUCGACCGAAUCCGGCAGGGCGACGACGCAGGCGGCGACGGUGGUGGCCAGCUCUGCCUAUUCAUCGGCGGCGAGGGCGGCACCGGCAAGUCGCGCGUCAUCGAGGCGCUCGUCGAGCUGCUCGCCCGGAGGGACCUAUCGAGCCGGCUGCUGGUUACGGCGACGUCGGGGACGGCGGCAGCGCGGAUCAACGGCAUCACGCUGCACUCGGCCUGCGGCCUUACGGGCGAGCGCUUCGUCGACGGCCGGUCGCGGAUGGACUGGCAGGAGAAGGAGGUGCUGGUGAUCGACGAGGUCAGCAUGCUCGGGGCGCGGACGCUGCACGCCGCCAACGAGCAGCUCUGCCGGCUGCGGGGGUCGGCGCGGGACUUCGGCGGCAUCCCGGUAGUGAUCCUCUGCGGCGACUUCCACCAGUUCCGGCCGGUGCAGGAACGGUCGAUCCUGCUGCCGAGCGCGGCGGUGGCGUGGGACGAGGACGGGGCGUUCGCGGCCGAGCAGCGGCGGCAGCACGACAAGGCGCACGCGCUGUGGCGGCGCUUCACGACGGUCGUCAUGCUAGACGAGCAGAUGCGGGCCGCCGGCGACCCGGAGCUGCGGCGGCUGCUCGGGCGGAUCCGCCGGGGCGAGCAGGACCGGUCGGACCUAGAGCUGCUCAACUCGAGAUGCUACCGGCCGGGCAGGCGGAUCCCGUGGGAGACGGGCCUGACGGUGGUGACGCCGCUCAACCGGAACCGCUGGAACCUCAACCUAGAGGCGGCGCUCGCGUUCCGGGAGAGGCGGCGGACGGCGGCGCGCGUCUUCCUCUCCGAGCAUAAGUGGAGGGACGGCGUGCCGACGGAAGAGGAGGCGGUGCUAAUGCUAGGCCAGGGCGACGACAGCGCGACCCCGGUGCCGGCCGUCUUCCUCUUCGUGCCGGGCAUGCCGGUCGUCGUGAACCAGAACACGCACCAGGGGCUGAAGCUUGUGAACGGGGCCGGGUACACGGCGGUGGACGUCAUCCCCGACCGCGCCUUCCCCGGCCACCGCGUCUCGGCGGAGCUCAUCAUGCACUUCGGCCGCCGGCGGGCAUCGUGCUGGCCUCGGAGACGACCAAGGACUUCCACUUCGUCGGGAUGCCUGCCGGGACGAUCCUGCUAA